GAGCUCAAGCUGGCAGAGGCGAAGGCUCCUGAGGUGAGCGCGCCCCCCGCCGGCGUCAAGAGCGGCGAGGGCGACGCCGGUGCCGAGUCUGCUGUCAAGAAGCGGCUGGACGAGCUGGAUGGCGUUCUCAAGGAGCUGGCUGGCGUCGACGCCCCAGAGGUUGCCCAGCUGGUGGAGUACAAAGCUGAGCAGGUCAAGUGGCGGGCGCAGCUUUUUCAGGAGAAGCCGCCGUCGCAGCAGCUCAACACUCUCGGUUUCAAGACCACCAAGGUCGAGCAGCAUAUCACCAAGCAGCAGAGCGCCCGCAAGGCGAAGCAGGCGCAGCUGGUGGCCCUGCAGGCGGAGCUCGCUUCGCAGGAUGCAGUGCUCGCGGAGCCCCGCAAGCAGCUGCUCGAGCUCGAGAGCCAGUGGGCCCAGCUCUAUGGCGUUCUGCCGCAGCCGCCCACGGGGCCACCUUGCGCCGACGCUGGCAACGACCAGAGCAGCUGGGCGCUGCCCAAGCUGGAGCAAGUGCUUUUGGCUGCUGGCGCUGCUCCUGACCUGCCGCAGGAGGUGGCUGCAGUGGUGGGCAAGAUUCGCCAGCACCGCCAGACCCAAGAGCAGCAAGCCCAGGCCCAGCGAGAGGCCAACGAGAAGCAGGCAGCUGAAGCAGCUGCUCAGGCAGCCAUAGAGCAGCAGGAUGCUGCCACGGCAGGCGAUGCCGAUGAGGUCCAGGAGGAGGAGUCGGUCAACCAGGCCACUGCUGAAGAGCUUCGCGAUUACCUGCGCGACUCUGGUGCUGAGCUCCCUAAUGCUGCUGAAGCCUCCGAGGAGGAGCUCCGAACAGCUGUCAAGCGCCUCCGCCUGGCCAAGCCCAAGUGGAAGGUGGUCAAGAAGCCACGCGCGGCCUGA